UUAAAUGACAUAAUAAUAAUAAUAAUUAUCAUUAUUGUUAUUAUUAUUAUUACAUUACAUUUGAGCCUUUCAAAACAAAAAUAUGGUUCUCAAACUAUGGUGCAUGUGUGAUUGGUGGUACAUAUGUUCUCCCUAGUGGGAACCUGAUUUCAGUUAAGAACGAAUGAGUCGCUCACAGUCAAAAUACAGCUGUUGUUCAUGCUUUCGUUUUGGGGACACAAUUUCUGAUUCGACUGAUUUGUCCAAACCCCCCCAAAAAAGCAGCCAAAUCAGAAUUAACAACCAAAAGAAAAGCUAACACACGUACACUUAUAAUUAAAUUUUUCUCUCCAUGUUUUCUCACAGACGGACCGGUCAGAGGUUACCAGUACCAGGACCACAACGUUACCGUACCUGCCUGUGGAGGUGUGCCAUGAAGCCCUAAAACUUUUUCCAUCCUCGGUCUGGCGUUUUCCUCCUUCAAUCCCUACCUGGGUGGUAAUCACAGGAUGGCCACUGCAGUCCCUCUGGUGGUGCAUUAACGCCAUCACCGCCCACUACCUGGACUACAACCGUCAGCCGCUGUAGCCAUGAGCACUCACAGUCGCCCAGGUGGCCUCGGCAACAAGGCUCAGCCCCUGGAACUACUGACGCCCGCCUCACACAACCACUUUGUGGACGUGAGCGCUGCAGCACUGCCCCCGCAGGUGCCUUCCGCCACCACAGCCAUCCUUCCCAUGGACCUGCGAGUCGUGGACCACCACCACCACCACCACCAGCAGCCCACAUUCGGCCUGGUACCUCAACCCGAACCCAUGCCUCCCGCCCCCAACGCUCACGUGUCCCCGGAGUCCGGCGGAGGAGCAGCCAUCAACCACCCAGAGCAGCAGCUGCAGCAGGAGCUGGUGGCUCUCAAACACAAGCAGCAGCUACAGAGGCAGCUCCUCAUCGCAGAGUUCCAGAGGCAACAUGAGCAGCUGUCACGGCAACAUGAGGUUCAACUGCAGGAACACAUCAAGCAUCAACAGGAUCUGCUGGCCCUCAAACACCAACAGGAGUUGUUGGACCAUCAGAGGAAGCUGGAGCAGCAGCGCCACGAGCAGCAGCUGGAGAAGCAGCAGCGGGAACACAAACUCCAACAGCUCAAGAACAAGGAGAGGGGACAAGAAAGUGCAGUGGCCAGUACAGAGGUAAAGAUGCGACUUCAGGAGUUUGUCCUCAACAAAAAGAAAGCCCUGGCUCAGCGUAAUCUAAACCACUGUCUGCCCAGCGACCCGCGCUUCUGGUAUGGGAAAACACAGCACUCUCACCUUCUCGUCCGUGUCUCCUCAGCCUCUGAGCCCAACCUGAAGCUUCGUUCCAGGCUAAAGCAGAAGGUCACCGAGUGUCGCAGCAGUCCUCUGCUCCGCAGGAAAGACGGUCUGAUCACCACAGCCAAGAAGCGAUCCUUGGACGUGGCCGAGUCCGCCUGCAACAGUGCACCAGGUUCAGGUCCCAGCUCCCCCAACAACAGCUCCAGUAACAUCCCCAAUGAGAAUGGGAUCACUAUAUCCAGCAGCCCUGGAGAGGCCUCACUGCUCCACCGACUGGCUGCACGGGAAAGUUCACUGAGCCAGUUGUCUCUGUACACGUCGCCCUCCCUCCCCAACAUCACCCUGGGACUCCCUGCCCCAGGACUAGCCAACACUGUCGUGUCGGGACACCAAGACGGUGAGAGUCAUCUGCCCGCUUUUCAGCAGGGCAUUCCUCUGACUUCCCCUUUUCUGCCCACUGCCCACCUGCCCUCCUACUUGGCGUCGCCAGCACUAGAGAGGGAGGGGGUGACGGGGGCCACAACUGGCCACAACCAGCUCCUCCAACACAUGGCGCUGCUGGAGCAGAGCCACAAUCCAGUGGUGGGUCUGGGUGGACUUCCACUACCGUCACCCACCGUGUCAAAGCUCGCCCGCGGUCACCGUCCACUAGGUAGAACCCAGUCUGCUCCUCUGCCCCAGCAACAGUGCGUCCCGGCCCAGGCUUUGCAGCAGCUGGUGGUCCAGCAGCAGCACCAGCAGUUCCGGGAGAAGCACAAACAAAUCCUGUUGGGUCUGGGUGGACUUCCACUACCGUCGCCCACCGUGUCAAAGCUCGCCCGCGGUCACCGUCCACUAGGUAGAACCCAGUCUGCUCCUCUGCCCCAGCAACAGUGCGUCCCGGCCCAGGCUUUGCAGCAGCUGGUGGUCCAGCAGCAGCACCAGCAGUUCCUGGAGAAGCACAAACAAAUGUUCCAGCAACAGCAGCAACAGCAGCAGCAACACGUCAUCAACAAGAUCAUUUCCAAGCCCAGCGAGCAGGUCUCAGGCUCCGGCGUCUCGGCAGCGGCCAGGCAGCACCAGAGUCACCCGGAGGAGACAGAAGAGGAGCUCAGGCAGCACCAGGGGCUGCCUUCUUCAGCCUCCUCCUCCUCCUGUUCCUCCCUCUCCUCUACCUCUGCCCAGGAACCAGGACCGUUACGUGGGCUGGUCAUCAAACAGGAGCCCCUGGACGUCCAGGAGCAGGAGGAGCGAGAGCUGCGAGAGAGAAAUGCCGAGCAGGAUUUCUUGUUCAGACAGGUUCUUGUUCUGUUCUCCCAGAUCAUUUCCAAGCCCAGCGAGCAGGUCUCAGGCUCCGGCGUCUCGGCAGCGGCCAGGCAGCACCAGAGUCACCCGGAGGAGACAGAAGAGGAGCUCAGGCAGCACCAGGGGCUGCCUUCUUCAGCCUCCUCCUCCUCCUGUUCCUCCCUCUCCUCUACCUCUGCCCAGGAACCAGGACCGUUACGUGGGCUGGUCAUCAAACAGGAGCCCCUGGACGUCCAGGAGCAGGAGGAGCGAGAGCUGCGAGAGAGAAAUGCCGAGCAGGAUUUCUUGUCCAGACAGCAGGCCGUCAUGUUGGAGCAGCAGCGGAUCCACCAGCUGAGGAACUACCAGGCUUCGAUGGAGGCAGCCGGAUUAUCAGUCAGCUUCGCAGGACAUCGUCCACUGUCCCGGGCCCAGUCGUCCCCCGCCUCUGCCUCCUUCCCCAUGGUCGUCCAGGAGCUGGCCGCCAAGCCUCGAUUCACCACGGGUCUCGUGUACGACUCGUUGAUGCAGAAGCACCAGUGCAUAUGUGGAAACACCACCAGUCACCCCGAGCAUGCUGGUCGUAUCCAGAGUAUCUGGUCUCGUCUGCAGGAGACGGGUCUGAGGUCACACUGUGAGUGUAUCCGUGGCAGAAAGGCGUCGUUGGAGGAGCUACAGACGGUCCACUCUGAAGCCCACGUCCUGCUGUACGGAACCAACCCGCUGCGGCAGAAACUAGACUGUUCAACCAAUCCCAUGUUUGUGAAGUUACCAUGUGGGGGCAUCGGGGUGGACAGUGACACCAUAUGGAAUGAGGUCCACUCGUCCAGUGCGGCCCGUCUGGCUGCUGGUUCAGUGUUGGAGCUGGUCUUCAAAGUGGCCACAGGAGAACUGAAGAAUGGUUUUGCUGUGGUUCGACCACCAGGGCACCACGCCGAGGAGAGCACCCCCAUGGGCUUCUGUUACUUCAACUCCGUGGCCAUCGCAGCCAAACUCCUACAGCAGAGGCUCAACGUCAGCAAAGUCCUCAUUGUGGACUGGGAUGUUCACCAUGGAAAUGGCACGCAGCAGGCCUUCUACUCCGACCCCAGUGUUCUGUAUCUGUCACUGCAUCGCUACGAUGAUGGAAACUUCUUCCCUGGGAGUGGAGCACCUGAUGAGGUGGGUACGGGAGCAGGUGUGGGCUACACCGUGAACAUGGCCUUCACUGGAGGACUGGACCCCCCCAUGGGAGAUGUUGACUAUCUUGCUGCUUUUAGGACGGUGGUGAUGCCCAUCGCCAGUGAGUUCGCCCCGGACAUCGUCCUGGUGUCUUCGGGCUUCGAUGCGGUGGAUGGACAUGCUCCGCCCCUGGGAGGAUACAAGCUAACGGCUAAAUGCUUAGGCUACCUGACCAGGCAGCUGAUGGCUCUGGCAGGCGGUCGGUUGGUGCUUGUCCUGGAGGGAGGUCACGACCUCACGGCCAUAUGUGAUGCGUCUGAAGCGUGCGUCUCCGCCCUGCUUGGCAAUGAGUUGGAUCCCAUUCCUGACGAGGUGUUGAAGCAGAGACCGAACGCCAACGCCGUCCACUCCAUGGAACAUGUGAUUGAAAUUCAGAGUAAAUACUGGCGUUCUCUGCGGCGCUUGGCCUCCACUGUGGGCUGCUCGUUGAGUGAAGCUCUCCGCUGUGACGCAGACGAGGCUGAAACCGUUUCAGCCAUGGCCUCGUUGUCUGUCGCCAACAAACACAUGGGAAAGAGAGCUGAAGAGGAGCCGAUGGAGGAGGAAGUUCCGAUGUAAAAAGAAAAACGUCUUUGACCUUUGACCUUUGACCACUCAGACGCUGUCCUCGUUCAGUCAGUCUCUUCAUUCUGUGCCACUGUGUCUCACCCACUGCUGUAUCACCGUAGCUUUCUUUAAGGGGGAGGGAGAGAGGGAGGGGACGAGCAGAGCAGACACUUGUGGCAGUCAGAGGAACAGCAACACUGAGGACGAGCGCUGCCUUCACUGACCAGUGGACACCUGUGGUACUGUCUGUCAGCUCUUUAUGUGCCUGUGCUUUUUAAACAGUAC